AGAGAACGAAAAUCAGGAAGAACCCUAGAGAACCGAGCCUCCAUUGCGAUCAUUGAUUGUAUGAGAGUUGAGGGAGAAACCUAACGAUAUGGAGUUGAAUCAUCUCUUCUUCUUCUAAACCUUAUCUGUUCGAGUUCGACUGGUUGCAGCAGCGCAGUAGAGACUGAAGAAUCGACGCCUGCUAUUCCGUUAUCCGUUCAACCAUCUUAGGCAUAUAGAAUUCUGCCUACUAUGUCACGCCACCAUACUAUAACUUCAGAAAGAUGCAGAUGAUUGAUGUCCAAAUGGAUUACAAUAAAAUAUUGUCCAGAGCUUUGUUAAAGAACAGCAACCAACCCAGAUUAGCAUGGCUUCUCUUUCAUCGUAUUGUUUCUGCAUCUAUUUCAUCCAAUUUCUUCACUGAUUUUCUUCCGUCGGUUCCUCUACUUACACGAAUUCUUGUUCGUGCCAAAAUGUUUCCGGAGAUUGAUAGCCUCCAUAAACUACUCCUCUUGCAGCCACUUGAAGUUUCUUCUUGCUGCCUUGACAAAAUGGUGCCGAUCUUAACAGAGUCAGGUCAUUCCACCACGGCCAUCUCUCUUUUUCAGUCUUAUCGGACCCAGUUCCCUUGCAAACCUCCAUCACUUUUUCUGUAUAAUUUGCUUAUAUCGUCCUGUCUCCGUGGGAACUAUAUCGACUCUGUUUUUUACUUGUAUAAUGACAUGCUAGCUUCUGGGCUCUUGACGCAUACUAGUACAUUCAACCUGCUUAUUCGUGCACUAUGUGAAUUGGGUUGCAUGGAAGAUGCUCGGAACCUGUUUGAUAAAAUGUGUGAAAAGAAAUGCGUGCCUACCGAGUUUACUUUUGUAGUUAUGGUUCGAGGGUAUUCUCGGGUUGGACUUCCCGCCAAAGGAUUGGAACUUUUGGAUGAAAUGAAAGGUCACGGAGUUUCUCCUAAUUUAUUAAUAUAUAAUACUUUAAUAGGGAGUUUUUGCAAACAAGGUAAGAAUGACGAAGCUGAGAAAUUAUUGAAGAGGAUGGUAGAGGAUGGUCUUUCUCCAAAUGUUGUUACAUUCAAUUCCAGAAUUUCGUCUCUUUGUAAUGUAGGAAGCAUUGUGGAAGCUUCCAGAAUUUUCAGGGAUAUGCAAUUAGGUGAGGAUUUGGGGUUGCCUCAGCCUAAUAUCAUAACACUCAAUUUAAUGUUGAAGGGAUUUUGUAAGCAUGGAUUGUUUGAAGAAGCGAAGAACCUCGUCGAAUCAAUGAAAAAAGACGGUGUCUUCACUUCCAUAGAGAGCUAUAACAUAUGGUUGUCAGUGUUAGUGAAAAAUGAGAAACUGUUAGAAGCUCAAUUGGUUCUUAAAGAGAUGACGGAUAAAGGUAUAAAGCCAAAUUCUUUCUCGUUUAACACAAUAAUACAUGGAUUAUGCAGAAAUGGAAUGCUUACUGAUGCACAAAAUUUGAAGGAGUUUAUGUUAAAUAGUGGGGUACCUCCUGAUGUAGUCACUUAUAGCACUAUACUACAGGGGUACUGUAGAAAAGGGAAAGUAGUUGAAGCCAAAACUGUUUUAUAUGAAAUGGUGACAAAUAACUGCUUCCCAAAUAAUUACACUUUUAACAUAUUGUUGCAUAGUUUAUGGAAAGAAGGGAAAUCAUUAGAAGUAUAUUCCUUGCUUCAGAAGAUGGUAAAGAAAGGAUAUGACUUUGACAUUGUGACAUGUAAUAUUAUGAUUCAUGGUCUAUGCAGAAGUGGACAGGUGGAAAAAGCAAUAGAAGUUGUCAAUGAGAUGCGAACAAAUGGAAACGCUUCCUUUUGUGACCUCAUUGGUUCCUCUAGUGGAAAGAAGUGCUUGCCUGACUUGAUCUCUUAUUCCACUAUUAUUGGCGGCUUAUGCAAGAUUGGCAAGCUUGAUGAAGCUAAAAAAAUGUUUGUUGAGAUGAUGAAGGAGAAAUUAGUCCCUGAUUCUCUUGUUUACAACAGUUUCAUUGGCAGUUACUGUAGAGAUGGCAAGGUGUCGUCGGCAUUUCGUGUUCUGAAGGACAUGGAGAGAAAAGGUCUUGACAAAAGCAUACAAACGUAUAACUCUUUGAUAUUUGGCUUGGGAAGGAAAGGUCAAAAAUUUGAAAUGUACGGUUUGAUCGAUGAAAUGAAAGAAGGAGAUAUAUCUCCAAAUAUUUUCACAUACAACACAAUGAUUAAAUGUCUUUGUGAAGACGGGAGAAUUGAAGAAGCAACAUCUCUCUUAGAUGAAAUGUUGCAAAGAGGUUUAUUCCCCAAUAUUUCUUCGUUUGGUUAUUUGAUUAGAGCUUCUUGUAGGACGGGUGAGAUUGGAGUUGCGAGGGAGUUGCUUGAUAUUGCUCUGCCAAUGUGUAGCAACAAAGCAGCAGUUUACAGAAUGAUGUUCAAUGAGUUAGUUUCUGUAGGGGAGGCAUUGGAAGCUAUGUUAAUACUGGAAGCUGCAAUUGGGAGAUGUAAUCAGAUAUUAGGCUUCCACUAUAAGGAUCUUAUUGUUAAACUUUGUGAAGAUAAUGAGUUGGAAAAAGCUGCGGAUGUUUUGGAGAAAAUGAUAUGUGCAGGCAAUCAAAUUGAUCCUGCUUCAUUCAUGCCAAUUAUUGAUGGUUGGCUUAAAACGGGGAGUAAAUACCAGGCUGAUUUACUUUCAAAGAAGAUGCUGGAAAUGGCUUCAAAAGAUGAGGGGAAUCAACAUAGACGGGGUUCAGAUGAAGGGGAACUCAAUAAGUAUAAUAAUUGGCAAGCAAUUUUGCAUAGAGAUGAUGGAAGUCAAAUGGGCCUGAAAACUGUUAAAGGAGUAAAGAAAGGAUGGGGCCAAGGAAGUGUCUCAAGCAUGCAACCCUAAGAAAAUAAUUUCUCUUAUUGCAUAGGUAGUCCUAGUUGAAAUUCAUUACUAAAAUCACAGCCUUGACAGCCAAAAUUCUUGGUGUAGCUGAAAGCUGAAACUGCGACAUAGUAUAAUUUAAUUGUCUGUUCUGGCAAAAUCAUGUUUCAGGUUUCUGUUUCUUUUUUCUAAUUUUCUUUAACCCCCUUCCUA